CACACACAGCACACAGCUGUGCCUGCCUCCUGCCCAUGCUCUCAGCCACCACUAGCAACAGGUGGCACAGAGAAAUGUUCGGCUCCUGCCUCCCCUGGAAAACGCUGUUUGCUCUGAGUUUGGCAGUUCUUCUUGCAGAUUUUACUGAAAUUGGAGCUUUUGCUGGUCUGAGUGAAUGCAAGAGAGCAACCACAGAUGAUGUGAAUGAAAGUCUCAAGAAAUACUCAGAAUGCUUGCCUGAUAUGAUUGCCAAGGGUGAAAAAGCUUCAAUCAAUCUCCUGGCAUGGACACUGCAGGAAACACUGGACCUGCUGCGCCCUGCUCAAGAACAAUUUUGCAAGCAGCUAACUCCAUGCCCACGCCCAGUGGCCCCAAAAAACGGGGGGCUUGUGUGUGUGACCAUUGACAGCACUCAGUACUGCAAACCCAUGUGCAACAAGGGUUAUGACUUUGGGUUCCUCAGACGCAGCAGGCUGUAUGAAGUGUGUGGCAAUGCCACUGGGUUUUCCUGGACCACUCAGCUCAUUGGAGGAAAUGCCCUGGCUGUCUGCAACCCCUCUGAGAUGGCCAUCAGUGGAGCUAAAUCUGCCUAUUUUCCCAGCAACAGCAGCUGUGUGCACACGCUUGCCUUCCCUGAGGCUGAGACAGAGCAGCUGAACAUCUUCCUCAAGGAGAUUGCAGCGCAAGGCAUCGAUGUCUCCAGCCGGCACCAGGGGGCUGAUUGCAUCCUCUGUGGUUACUGAGCACAGCCCAG